AUGGAGGACAUCCGUAUAAGAACUAGGAACCUCUGCAUCAACGAGAAGAGGAAGAGGGGAGCUUAGCCCGUCUUUGAGGAUACUCCACCUAUGGAACUCCAGCGGAAGCGUACUCCGAGAAGAACUCAACGGCGAGCCAUCGCAAAACCGCCGAAGGUGACACCAAGAAUGACCAGGUCCAAGACGAAGACGAAGAAGAAGGUAGCUAUCUCACCGAAUAUAAAGGAACGCCUCGCGGCGGCCGUCAAGAGGAAUACUCCAGCUAAGAUUGGCAUCCUCGGACGCUACAUGCUCCGGGAACAGUGCAUGAAGCAGUUGAAGGACUUAGACGCUAUUACGUUGCAGAAUAUAUGCAACGAGGACGGGAUUCCGUACGGUGGGAAGAUCGAUGCUCUGUUCGACCUUGCAGAGCACCGUAUCUACAAGGAGUAUGGCACCGACGAGGAAGAUGAGGCUCGUGAUGAGGAAGCAAAGGAGCCAGAAGAGGGGGGUGUUGGAGAAGUCGGCGACGAAGCAGUUGAAGACGACCAGUGAUAUGCCCUUGGUAUUACCGAGUAUUGGAGGCUGUGCAAGUUUUCG